UUAACCAAAAAUGGCGAUUACUCCUUCCCUUUACUCCAGUUCCCCAUGCCUUUCUCUUCUCUCCCCCAAAAUCCACCACUCCUUCCUCUUUCCUUUCUCUCAACCACACCUCCCCAUUCGUAAAUUUGACCGUUAUACCUUUUCGACCGUUGGUUCCCGCCACACUCUCCACCUCAGUUUAAGGCUAUGUGCUGUGAAUUUAAACUCUCAGACUAUAAAGGCCGAAGCCUCUGUAAACAGAGAGCCCAUGGUUCCUCCUUACAACGUUCUGAUCACUGGGUCGACCAAAGGAAUAGGUUAUGCGUUGGCUAAAGAGUUUCUGAAAGCAGGUGACAAUGUCAUAAUUUGCUCAAGAACAGCUGAACGGGUUGAAUCUGCUGUUCAGGGCCUGAGAGAAGAAUUUGGGGAGCAGCAUGUGUGGGGUACUAAAUGUGAUGUUAAAGAUGGACAGGAUGUGAAGGAUUUAGUUGCAUUUGCACAAAGAGAACUGAAAUACAUUGAUAUAUGGAUUAAUAACGCAGGAUCAAAUGCAUAUAGCUAUAAACCACUGGCAGAAGCUUCAGAUGAAGAUCUUAUUGAAGUUGUAACUACAAACACCCUUGGUUUGAUGAUAUGUUGCCGAGAGGCAAUAAAGAUGAUGUUAAACCAGCAUCGAGGGGGUCAUAUUUUCAACAUUGAUGGGGCUGGUUCAGAUGGAAGACCAACACCUAGAUUUGCUGCAUAUGGAGCCACAAAACGAAGUGUGGUGCAUUUAACAAAAUCAUUACAGGCUGAGCUGCGGAUGCAAGAUGUUAAAAACGUGUUAGUGCAUAAUUUAUCGCCAGGAAUGGUCACAACUGAUCUUCUUAUGUCUGGUGCAACCACAAAGCAGGCCAAGUUUUUCAUUAAUGUUUUGGCAGAACCAGCUGAUGUGGUUGCAGAAUACCUUGUUCCAAACAUCAGAUCAAUUCCUGCCAAUGGAUCAACGAAGCCCACAUAUAUUCGUUUCCUCACUGGGAUAAAAGCCUAUUCACAGAUAUUCUCAAGAUUUGCUUUUGGUGCCAGAAGAAACAGAUAUUUGCUUGAAGAUUGAAAAGGUCCAGAGGUGGAAUUCGUUUGUUUAUUUUUAUGUAAAUUACUUUUUGUUGUAAUAUUAUUUCUUAAUCAUUUCCAAUUCUUUGCUAUAAGCCAAGUCCUUUGCAUAGAUCAGCUUGUUUGUUGACCUUGACUGCUCUUAUUUGCAGUUUGUUUGAUGAUUUUACAAUAUGUUCCAAUCUUAAUAUAAGAGUUGGAAGAGAAGUUUAAUGA